UUUUGUCAAUAAUUCAAAACAAGCAACGAUACGAACAAGCAACUAUAAGGAUUUCUAUAUUUCGAAUCGUUCUUUUCGUUUUGCAAGUGAAAAGAAAUUAAAAAUGUCACUCUUACCAUUCAUGUUUGACUACGACUGGCCACGGCACCGACCCAGCCGUCUUCUGGACCAAGACUUCGGACUGGCUAUAACUCCGGAUGAUUUAUUAACAAUCGUCGCUUCUCCUAUGCAAACCCGGGACUAUUUUAGACCCUGGCGUCAAUUGGCAAACAUCCGAGACAUCGGUUCCAGUCUUAAGGCCGAUAAGGAUAAAUUCCAGAUUAAUUUAGAUGUCCAACACUUUUCGCCUGACGAAAUAACAGUGAAGACAUCCAAUGGUUAUAUAGUUGUGGAGGGGAAACACGAGGAGAAACAGGAUGAACACGGCUACAUUUCCCGUCAGUUUGUGAGAAGGUACGCUCUGCCUGAUGGCUGUAACCCUGAUACUGUAGAAUCUCGUUUAUCAUCUGAUGGUGUGCUCACUGUAACCGCCCCAAAACAACCCUCGGCGUUGAAAAACGAGAAAAAUAUUCCAAUACAACAGACAGGCCCAGUACGAAAGGAAGCCAGAGAUGAAAUAAAAGAAUCCGAAGAAAAGAAGUGAAAGUGCUAUUUUAUUAUUUUAUUUAAAACAUCAAAUAGACUGAUUGUGUUUAAGCUUUUUUGUGAUUUUUAUUUAAUAAAAAUGUUAAAUAAUUAAAA